AUGGUGGCAAACUUUGAGGGCGUCUCAAACUUCAGUACCUUCCUGCUGGACCGCUCCUCUGGAAAACUCUACCUGGGGGCACAGAAUGCCAUUGUUGCCGUGGACACCUCCAACCUGUUGAAGUGGCAAAAGAUUACCUGGGAUGUUCCUGAGGAGAGGAGAAACUCAUGCGUGGCAAAGGGGAAGACAGAGGCCGACUGUAAUAAUUACAUCCGGCUGCUGGAGUUUCAGGGAGAUGGCCGCAUCUACACUUGCGGGACCUACGCCUUCGACCCCCAGUGUGCCUUCAUUAAUAUAUCAACCUUCUCUCUGGAAAUGGAGGAUGACACAGUGAAGAUGGAGACUGGCAAAGGAAAGUGCCCCUUUGAACCCAGUCAGCACUAUACUGCUGUUAUGGCAGGAGGAAACCUGUAUACGGCAGCCACCAGUAACUUCCUGGGCACACUUUUUGACAUCUCCAGGGCAACAGGCAUUGAACAGGAGCGCAUUCGGACAGAACGAUCAAUCAACUGGCUCAGCGAUCCAGAGUUUGUCAGCUCUGCCUUUAUACAAGAGAACGAAGAGGACAAUCCGACCGGAGAAGAUGAUAAAAUCUACUUCUUCUUCACAGAGAUAGCCAAAGAGUACGACCUUUACACCAAGGUCAAAGUUCCCAGGGUGGCCCGCGUCUGCAAGUCUGAUAAAGGAGGGAUGAAGACCCUGCAGAGGCGCUGGACCACGUUUCUGAAGGCCCAGCUGGUGUGUGAGGACCGUGGAACAGGAGAGCGCUUCAACGUUUUGACUGACGUCUUUACCAAAGAGCACCGGCCCGGAGACCCCAGCAGUACUCACUUCUAUGGCAUCUUUACCUCACAGUGGGAGAGGGAGGAGCUGUCUGCAGUGUGUGUGUACAGUCUGGAGGAUAUCAAUAGAGUGAUGAAUGGUCCGUUUAAGGAGCUGAAGAAGAACUGUGAGAACUGGAUCAACCCAGAGCCUGUCCCCACUCCCAGACCAGGCCAGUGUCUGAACAACGCUCUCAAGGAAGAGGGCUUUGAAUCAUCUCUGAAAUUGCCUGACAAGGUCCUCACAUUCAUGAGGGACCACCCACUCAUGGAAAACAGUGUCAAUGCAGCACCUCUGUUGGUCAGGAGGGGAAUUACAUACACCAAGCUGGCCGUCACCCUGUCUAUGACCCCCGGCGACAACCAGAGUGCCGCUACUGUCCUACACCUCGGAACAGAUCGUGGGGAGCUGCACAGAGUUGCGGUCGUGGGUCAGAAUACAACACUUUUACAAGAGCUCCCUCUAUUCUCUGCCCACGAACCUGUCAACAACAUUGUUCUGUACAAGGGUGAAGCCCUGGUCGGUUCUCCUCUGUCAUUGGUAAGGUUACCGACAGAAGGCUGCUCCCUGUACCCCAGCUGUGAGGUGUGUGCGCGUGCCCGGGGCCUCGGCUGCGUGUGGAGACACAAAGAGGGAGCCUGCGAACUAGCUGUCACUCAGCCAGCUGAAGGUGCGAGGCCAGCGGACUCAUUCCGGUGUGAAAGUGGAGAGGACCGCUGUUCUCCUGCAGUCACUGAACUGCGUGUCGUUGAGGGUUUGCGUGUGCUGCUGCCAUGCGUCCAGGUUUCACCUCGUCCCUGUUUUUGGCAGCACCCUCCUCACAGACACACUCGUCGUCACCACUCAGACCUGGAAGUGGAGGUGACGGAGGAAAGCCUGGGCAUGUACGUGUGCAUGUGCGAGGAGAUCGGCCAGAACCAGCCUCCCUGCCGCAGGGCGGAAUAUCACCUGACUCUGGAGGGACCCAGCAGCGGGGGCAGCACGGCUUUGGGAGGGGGGAGGAAUUUUGUGGCCUGGUACGUGCUGUUCUUUAUUCUCGGCUGCCUCGCGGGCGCUUUCGGCUUCGUUUGUCUGAUGCACCGUCGCCACGGCAACAGAGGCGGGGCCUGCGGCGUGGGCGGAACCGGCGGCCAGACGUCCUCCAUUUCUGAGAAAGGGCGGGACUUGCUGCCCUCCUCGGACACGCCCCAGUCUCCCAGCAGCGCCAGCCUUUUAUCGGAGGCCAUGCCGUUGACAAAGCAGGAGAAGAGAAACGGCACUUUGAACGGGCACGGAGGUCACACGGUCGGGCACAACAUAUAUGCCAACGUCAGUGGGCUCAAGCUGCAAGAGUCUGCUGUCAACCUGGCGGUGGAGCUGGACGGCAGGGAGAGGGCGGGGCCAGACGGAGAAGAGGAGGGGCUUAGCGAUAUAGGGGAGGGGCUAGGGAUUGAGGAAGAGCUGGCUAAGAUACACGUCCUCAGGUCGGCACCUUUGGCCCCGUGCGAGGAGAGUUCCAUCUGA